UUGCAGUACUUCUUUACUGUUAUAUUUGGCCAUGAAGGGCAGAAGCCAUUGGAGCUCCGUUGUGAAGAAGAAAGUGAUGGAGAUGAAUGGGUAGAAGCUAUCCACCAAGCUAGUUAUUCAGACAUUCUGAUUGAGAGGGAGGUCUUAAUGCAGAAGUACAUUCAUCUAGUUCAAAUUGUAGAGACAGAAAAGAUUGCAGCCAAUCAGCUUAGACAUCAGCUUGAAGAUCAAGACACAGAAAUUGAAAGACUUAAAUCUGAGAUUGUAGCUCUCAAUAAAACUAAGGAACGAAUGAGGCCUUAUCAAGGCAACCAGGAAGAUGAGGAUCCAGAUAUAAAAAAAAUUAAAAAGGUUCAGAGCUUUAUGCGAGGCUGGUUAUGCAGAAGAAAAUGGAAGACAAUUGUCCAAGAUUAUAUUUGUUCUCCACAUGCGGAAAGCAUGAGAAAGAGAAACCAGAUAGUUUUUAACAUGGUUGAGGCUGAAUCUGAAUAUGUGCAUCAACUUUACGUUCUUGUAAACUGCUUCCUCAGGCCCUUAAGAAUGGCUGCAAGUUCAAAGAAACCACCUAUUAAUCACGAUGAUGUUAGUAGCAUUUUUCUCAACAGUGAAACUAUAAUGUUUCUUCAUGAAAUAUUUCAUCAAGGAUUAAAAGCAAGGAUAAGUAAUUGGCCCACUUUAAUUUUAGCCGACUUAUUUGAUAUUUUGCUGCCAAUGCUGAACAUUUAUCAAGAAUUUGUUCGGAAUCAUCAAUACAGUCUUCAAGUACUUGCAAACUGUAAGCAAAACAGAGAUUUUGACAAACUCUUGAAGCAAUAUGAAGCCAACCCAGCUUGCGAGGGGCGAAUGCUGGAAACAUUCCUUACUUACCCUAUGUUUCAGAUUCCUAGAUAUAUUAUAACUCUUCAUGAACUCUUGGCUCAUACACCCCAUGAACACGUGGAAAGAAAGAGCCUUGAAUUUGCUAAAUCUAAACUAGAAGAACUUUCAAGGGUGAUGCAUGAUGAAGUGAGUGACACAGAAAAUAUCCGGAAAAAUUUAGCCAUAGAACGAAUGAUAGUAGAAGGCUGUGAUAUAUUAUUAGAUACCAGCCAAACAUUUAUACGUCAAGGUUCUCUUAUUCAAGUCCCUUCAGUUGAGAGGGGGAAACUUAGUAAAGUUCGCCUGGGAUCAUUGUCUCUGAAAAAAGAAGGAGAAAGACAAUGCUUCUUAUUUACAAAACAUUUUUUAAUUUGUACAAGAAGUUCAGGAGGAAAACUUCAUCUGCUUAAGACAGGAGGUGUUCUCUCUUUAAUAGAGUGUACGCUGAUUGAGGAACCAGAUGUGAGUGAUGAUGAUUCAAAAGGUUCUGGGCAAGUUUUUGGUCACCUUGAUUUCAAGAUUGUGGUUGAACCUACCGAUGCUCCUCCUUAUACUGUUGUACUAUUAGCACCUACACGGCAGGAAAAAGCUGCAUGGAUAAUUUCAUUUUCACAGUGUGUUGACAAUAUAAGAUGCAAUGGUUUAAUGACCAUAGUGUUUGAAGAAAACUCUAAAGUCACUGUGCCACAUAUGAUCAAAUCUGAUGCUCGUCUUCAUAGAAAUGACAUUGAUAUCUGCUUCAGCAAAACAUUAAAUUCCUGCAAAGUGCCCCAAAUUCGUUAUGCAACUGUGGAACGUCUCUUGGAGAGAUUAACAGACUUGCGCUUUUUAAGUAUUGAUUUUCUUAAUACUUUCCUACACACUUACCGCAUAUUUACUACUGCAACAGUAGUACUGGAGAAACUCUCAGACAUAUACAAGAGGCCUUUCACCUCCAUUCCAGUAAGGUCUUUGGAAUUAUUUUUUGCCACCAGUCAAAACAAUAGAGAACACCUUGCUGAUGGGAAGUCACCACAUCUUUGUCGCAAAUUCUCAUCUCCUCCCCCACUGUCACUAUCUAGAACUUCUUCACCUGUCAGAAUCAGAAAACUUUCAUUGACUAAUUCACCACUGAACUCAAGAAUAGGGGCUUUAGAUCUCUCUACUUCUUCUGUUGCCAGCAGUCCUACCUCAACUUACAGCCCUGCCACAUCACCACCACCCACUGCUAGCAAAGUACCACUGGACCUCAGCAAGGGCCCCUCCUCCCCGGAACAAAGUCCUGGAUCCAUAGAAGAGAAUUUAGAGAAUCCUCGCAUUGAUCUGUGUAAUAAGCUAAGAAGAAGCAUUAGAAGAGCAGUUCUAGAGUCUGUAUCAGUGGAUAGGACAAUUCCUGAAAGUACCUCGACAGUUGAGACACCUGAGUUUUCCCCUUGUCGAUCUCCCUCAACUCCACGACAUCUCCGCUACCGUCAGGCUGGAGCACAGACUGCAGAUAACUGCCACUGUUCUGUUUCUCCUGCUUCUGCCUUUGCUAUUGCUACAGCUGCAGCAGGGCAUGGGAGUCCACCAGGAUUUAACAACUCUGAACGAAUGUGUGACAAAGAGUUCAUAAUACGCAGAGCAGCCACUAACCGUGUCCUCAAUGUCCUGCGUCACUGGGUCUCCAAACAUUCUCAGGAUUUUGAACUAAACAAUGAGAUGAAAAUGAAUGUUCUUAAUUUGCUGGAAGAAGUUUUGAGAGACCCAGAUCUACUACCACAAGAAAGAAAAGCUACUGCGAACAUACUGAGGGCUCUUUCUCAGGAUGAUCAAGAUGAUACACACUUAAAAAUAGAGGAUAUAAUUCAAAUGUCAGAAUGUCCAAAACCAGAGUGCUUUGAAACAUUGUCAGCCAUGGAGCUUGCAGAGCAAAUAACUCUCUUAGAUCACAUAGUUUUCAGAAGCAUACCAUAUGAAGAAUUUCUUGGGCAAGGCUGGAUGAAAUUGGAUAAAAAUGAAAGAACUCCAUACAUUAUGAAAACCAGUCAACAUUUUAAUGAUAUGAGUAACCUUGUUGCCUCGCAAAUUAUGAACUAUGCUGAUGUUGGUUCCCGUGCUAACUCAAUUGAGAAGUGGGUAGCGGUGGCAGAUAUUUGCCGAUGUAUGCACAACUACAAUGGCGUGUUAGAAAUUACAUCAGCCUUGAACAGAAGUGCAAUCUACAGACUGAAGAAAACCUGGGCCAAAGUUUCUAAACAGGCAAAAGCUCUCAUGGACAAACUUCAGAAGACUGUAUCAUCUGAGGGAAGAUUUAAAAACCUUAGAGAAACACUCAAAAAUUGUAAUCCUCCUGCAGUUCCCUAUCUUGGAAUGUACUUGACAGACCUAGCAUUUAUUGAAGAAGGAACACCAAACUUCACUGAAGAAGGACUUGUCAAUUUUUCCAAAAUGAGAAUGAUAUCACAUAUUAUCCGGGAGAUACGCCAAUUCCAGCAGACCUCCUAUCGUAUAGAACAUCAACAAAAGGUCACUCAUUACUUACUUGACAAGACCCUCAUCAUAGAUGAGGAUACUCUAUAUGAGUUAUCCCUAAAGAUUGAACCGAGACUCCCUGCCUGAAGAAUGAGCUUCGUCCCAGAGUUGACAAGAGUUUUAGUGUAAUGAACAGAAUUAUGCAUGCCAUGCCCUACAGAUCAUAAAGGGAAAGACUGAGAAUAUUGCAAACUCGCUUUUUCAAUGAAGGAGACAGAGCCGCACAGAAAUUCCCUCUUAGACAAGGAAACUCAGCAACUGGAGGUGAAAGACAAAAUACUUCAGACUUGAGGGUUAAGUGAUUGUUACUUUGCAAAGAUAAUAUUUUGCCAAAUGGACUGUGCAUCUAAUAGAAAACAGAAGCCUUUCAUGAGAAUAGCUACCAUUGCAGCCAUCCUAACGGAGCAGAGAAAGAGACAAAUUUAAACGUAGGUACUCUAUUUCAUUAGAUUAGGAUAAAUGGGCAAAUACAGAUGGCAUUGAUCAGCCACAGAUUGCUUAUCAAAUGUGUAUCUAUUGAGGCGUUCAUGGGAUUAAUCUGCUUUCAUUAUACCGUAUUCAUUGCAAACAAUAGGAUCUGAGAAUAAUUUACUUACCUUCGGUGAUAGCAAGAUAAUAUUUAAGAUCUUUAGCUACAGCUGUUCAAAGUUUUUGUUAUAAAUUAGACAUUUUCAUUUAUAGAAUAUUAAAGUCUUAAAAUAUUUUAUCUGCCUUUUCUAAGGAGGAAAGUUUUACAUGCUACAAAUUAAUUAAUUUACCUUUGUAAAUAUUGUUUUCAUCGGUACAUGAUGAGGAAGGAGUUUUACUACGUGGAAUGUAAUAAACAGUGUUAAUAGUUGCAGGCCAUGGGUGCAUUAACUGGAAUAUCUGAAUUUAGGAGCUGUAUUUGGAAUUCCUUUUCCCAGAUUUGUGAACAUAUCAUGAAUGAGAUACUUGGUUAUUUUGCACAUUGUCUCCUGAGAAAGGCACUCUGAUUGUCUGUAUGGCAUCUCUGACAGUUCAGUGACUAUAAAGCACCUACUGUACACAUGGGGGAAAGGAAUGCUAACCUGUUUUGGCAAUGUAUAAUGUUGAGAAAUGAAGCGAGCAGGACUAACAUUAAAUGGGUUGUUUAAAAGCAUCUGAGUGUCUGCUAGAGAAAAUAUGCCAUUUGUAACUGUUUUUAAAACCCAUGCUACUGAGUGAUUCUGGGUAGAAUCAAUUUUCUGCAAAUAUAUGGCUCUUCAUACUGUUUCCUGUUAAAGAGUGACCUAUUGUAGCUGCAUGGAGGAUGAGCUCAAAAUGCAUGAUAUGCAGUAUGUCAUAACACAGGUCUUAACAUGGUUGAAUAUCUAGGCUGGAGAUGUGUUCUGACUUUUCCAGGGAUUCUCAGCCAGUUGACAAAAUAGGGCAAUAUCAUUUAUUUACCUCCCUUAAAUCCUCUCAGGGAGAUAGCUGUUGACCUGAGCCUAAUUGAUCUGACAUUUCUUACCACCAUUGUAAAGUUUCUGAAUGUUAACCAUGAAAAUGGAUCUGCCAGGCUUUUGGAUUUUGUCUUUAUUUGCACUUUAAUUACAUUGUUAGCUAAGCCAAGAGCUACACAAUAAAUUCCAUUUGUUGUAAAUGUAAACACUUGCAGUUAUAAAUAUACAUUAGUACAUGUGAAUUUUAUUAUGCUUCCUGCACAGAAACACCAUCUUUGUAAAUAACUGCAUGAUUAAACAUCAAAGAAAUAGUGGUAAAUUCCUCAUUAAAGAAAAGAAAAAAGAAGCUUCCAGAAUUAUUUUUAAAUAAUUCUGAUUAAUGAAUGCUGUAGAAGUCAGCAUGGAAAGAGUUAUGAUAGAUGCUUUUUAUCUUUUUCAAAAAGUUGCUUGUUUUUUUCAGAAGUGAUUGAUGAGAAGCUGAUUGCAUCCUGAUGCAUGAUAAACAAGAAGCAUGGGUUAUUUGGAUCAUAAAGCCAACCUACAUGUUUUCUUUGUAUUCAUAAUACAAAAUGAAUGACCAUAAUUCAAUUGCAUAAAAUACCUGAAGGUCACACAGUGGAAAACAGAAGCAGUCAAACUGGUUUUAAAAGCAAAAACAUUAAACAACUGUAAGUGUUCUCCUAAUAGAUCUUUGUGGCACACCCUGUUGGCUACUACAGGCAGUCCCUGAGUUACACGGAUCCGACUUAUGUC